AGGACGAGAACCGCUUCUUCUUUGGGCAAAAUGGUACGCAAACUAUUGGUUGGAGGUAACUGGAAAAUGAACGGAGAUAAGAAUAUGAUUGACGGUAUCGUGAAAUUCCUCAACGAAGGUGCUGUGGUACCAACCGUAGAUGUGGUAGUUGCUCCACCAGCUCCAUAUCUUGCAUACGUUAAAGAACACGUUAAAAGUGGCAUUCAUGUAGCAGCUCAAAACUGUUACAAAGUACCAAAGGGCGCAUUCACCGGUGAAAUUUCACCAGCAAUGAUCAAAGAUCUUGGUCUAAACUGGGUGAUCAUCGGUCACUCGGAGCGUCGUCACAUUUUUGGUGAAUCAGACUUGCUAAUUGCGGAAAAGGUUGUGCACGCGAUUGAAUCGGGUCUUGAAGUGAUUUUCUGCUGCGGUGAGAAAUUGGAUGAGAGAGAGGCUGGGAAGACGAAAGAGGUGAAUUACCGUCAGAUUCAAGCGCUUGUUGAUAAAAAAGUUGACUGGUCUAAAAUCGUUAUUGCUUAUGAGCCAGUAUGGGCAAUUGGAACCGGUAAGACGGCCACUCCAGAGCAGGCACAAGAAGUACAUGCAUGGAUCAGAGAAUAUCUUAAGGAUAAGGUAUCGGCGGAUGUCGCCGACAAGACUCGCAUUCUUUAUGGAGGUUCUGUGACGGCUGACAACGCUCAUGAGCUAGCCAAAAAGCCGGAUGUGGAUGGUUUUCUAGUUGGCGGUGCUUCUUUGAAACCAGACUUCAUCAAGAUCAUUCAUGCCCAAUUCGCUCCGGUGUUUCUAGCUACUGUCGGAUCAACGAUGAGUAAUAUCUACGUGAGUGAACCAGCAACCAGUGGAAAGGUAUGUUUGCAUACAACCGUAGGUGAUAUUGACAUUGAACUGUGGGCCAAGGAGUGUCCGUUAGCCUGUCGAAAUUUUGUACAGUUGUGUAUGGAAGGAUACUAUAAUGGAACAAUUUUCCAUCGGGUUGUGAAGGAUUUCAUUGUUCAAGGAGGUGAUCCAACCGGCACUGGACAAGGCGGUGAAAGCAUCUACUCAAGACCAUUUAAGGAUGAAUUUCACCAACGACUAAAAUUCUGUCGUCGCGGUUUGGUUGGGAUGGCAAAUGCAGAUAAAGACUCGAAUGGGUCGCAGUUCUUUUUCACCCUCGGAGAAGCUUCUGAUCUCGACAAAAAGCAUACCCUUUUUGGCAAAGUUACUGGUAAUACCAUUUUCAAUAUGCUUCGAUUAGGGGAGGGGGAAACGGAUGCAAAUGAACGGCCGUUGAUUAUUCAUAAAAUAACGGGGGCCACAAUACUCAGCAAUCCUUUCACGGAUAUUAUACCACGCGAAAAGAAGAAGGAGAAGCGAGCGAAAACGCAUAAAAAAGAGUGGAAAGAAGUUAAAAAAAAUUUAUCGUUACUAUCAUUUGGUGAUGAAGCUGAAGAAGACGAAGAAGAGCUGAUUCAAGUUAACGCAAAAUUAAAAUUUAAAAGCAAAAGUGCUCAUGAUGUGCUCACUGAUGAAAAAUUGAGCAAAGAGGCUGCUAUUCCACUGGACGAGCUGAUUCGUCCUGAAAGAAGUGACAGUGGAGAUGAGAUGAAGGAUGGCAAUGACAACGCUGAAGAACGAAUUAGCAGAAUUCGAGAAAAACUGAUGAAAAAAAGAAAAAGGAAAUUCGAAGAUGACGAGGUGAAACAGGAAGACGAAGAUCUUGAGAAGAUAAUCGACGAAGAGAAACUGGCUAGAGACAAACAAAAAUUAGAAGAACUUACAACAGAGCUGAAGGCAAUGCAGAAGGAGUACGCAAAAGCAUUGAGAAAACCAAAAGAAACGCCGAAAGAAGAGGAAGAGGAAGAACCUAAGACAGAAGCGAUGCAGAUGUACCGGAAUCUGAAAUUGAAAUUUAAAGAAAGUUCCAAAGGAAUCGUGAAACAAAAGGAUCCGCAUCGAGAAGAUCAGGCUAGUUUGAUGUUAUUUGUUUUUUCUUAUACUAUUAGUAUUCUGAUAAUUGUUGCGAAAAAUUUUUUGGCUGUUUUCUUUUUGAGUGAGCUAGUUUCAAGGGCGCUGAACCCUGGUCAUGGGAAAAAAACUAUGCAAAUGUUGGAUAAAUUUCAAAAGAAGUUAUAUGCUUCAAAUCGGGAGGCGAUUCUCUUCGAUAGGAAGGUGGAUGUAAGUGUGAAGCAAGAUGAACCACCAAUCGAUACACCUCAAGUACCUCUUGGAAAGCUCGAUCUGGAUGCGGAGGAUAUUAAAGGCGACGAAUGGUUGGGACAUCGAUUUGUGGCGCCAGAUGUUGAAGAGGAAGUAAGCAAAGCGAAAGAUGCGAAUUUGAGAGAGACUGAUGAGGAUUGGUAUGACGUGACAGAUCCGCGAAACAAAAUGAAUCAGCGGCGAAGAGCAGUGAUGUGA